UGCAAAUAGUUCCAUAUAGUUUUAAGUUUUGUGUCAGUGCAUUGACAGCAGCACAAAAACUAAAACAUAUCGAGUUUUAGUACAUCAGCAUAUGCACAGUUUCAGCACUUAAAAGUGACUUUUAGAAGAGUGUUCCUGAUUUGGCAGCUUUUUUCAAACUAUCCACUGAGUUUUUGGCCAUACCACAUCCUGUUCAGCUAGACACCAUUUUAACAUGGUAUGCGGUUGCUGUCUGAAGUGAGGCGAGUUGAACAUUUCCUAAAGUUAUUGGUGAGUGUCUGAUCAUCUUCUGAAGGUUUCCCAGAUAUGGCAGACAUGGUGCAGGCACUGCCUUACUUCUUCGGCAACAUCACGCGAGAGGAGGCAGAGGAGUACCUGAGACAUGGUGGGGCAGGAGAUGGUCUGUACCUGCUCCGCCAGAGUCGCAGUUCCUUGGGCGGCUAUGCCUUGUCAGUGUCCUAUGGCCGGCAGUUCUACCACUACGCCAUUGAGAGAGAGCUGAACGAUACAUAUGCCAUAGCAGGGGGCAAGUCACAUCGGACCCCGAUAGACGUGAUCGAUUAUCACUCACAGGAGUCUGACGGGCUCAUCUGCCUGCUGAAGCGACCUUUUAACCGGCCGCGUGGCACAGAGCCUAAAGUCGGACCUUUUGAAGACCUGAAGGAGCAGCUUAUUAGGCAAUAUGUCAAACAAACCUGGAAGCUGCAGGGCUCAGCUCUUGAUCAGGCUAUCAUCAGCCAGAGGCCUCAACUGGAGAAACUAAUUGCAACAACAGCGCAUGAAAAGAUGCCGUGGUUCCAUGGCAAGAUAGACCGUGUAGACUCAGAGCAGCGUUUGAUCAGGAACCCACACAUCAAUGGCAAAUUCCUAAUAAGACAGAGAGAAACCAAUGGUCGAAUGGUGUCCUAUGCACUCUGUCUGCUGCAUAAUAACCAAGUCAUGCACUAUCGUAUUGAUAAGGACAAGGCAGGCAAACUCUCCAUCCCUGAUGGCAAGAAGUUUGACACACUUUGGCAGCUAGUAGAACACUACUCUUAUAAGCCAGACGGCCUGCUCAGAGUGCUUACCGAGUCCUGCCCAAGAACAUCACAUUCAGAGCAAGGUGCCACAGGUGGAUUACUCUCCAGAAUCAAAUCGUACUCCUUUCCCAAACCUGGCCAAAAAAAGGGUCAUCUUCCAAAUCCCUAUGAACUUGAUUUAAACCGCAGAAGUGAUCUUCUUAACCCAGAGGCUAUGCCAAUGGACACUCAGGUGUAUGAGAGUCCAUAUGCUGAUCCCGAAGAGCUUCGGUCAACCACUGUGAAUCGAAACGACCUAACUCUGGAGGAUGAAGAAUUGGGCUCAGGCAACUUUGGCACUGUACGAAGAGGCGUCUACCAGAUGAAGAAGACACAAAAAGUGGUGGCUGUCAAGAUCCUGAAGAAUGAUGAUAAUAAUGCAGCAGUAAAGGAUGAGAUGUUGCGUGAGGCCAGCGUCAUGCAGCAGCUGGAUAAUCCAUACAUCGUUCGCAUGAUUGGUAUCUGUGAAGCUGAAAAUCUCAUGCUGGUCAUGGAGCUCGCUGAGCUGGGCCCACUGCACAAGUUCCUACAGAAGAACAAACACAUCUCUGUGAAGAACAUCACUGAGCUAGUUCAUCAGGUCUCUAUGGGAAUGAAGUAUCUAGAAGAGCACAACUUUGUUCAUAGAGAUCUGGCAGCCAGGAAUGUCCUGUUAGUUACUCAGCACUAUGCCAAGAUCAGUGACUUUGGACUCUCAAAAGCCCUGACAGAGGAGGAGAACUAUUACAAGGCCAAAGGUCAUGGUAAAUGGCCAGUGAAAUGGUACGCCCCAGAGUGCAUGAAUUACUUCAAGUUCUCAUCUAAGAGUGACGUGUGGAGCUUUGGUGUCCUGAUGUGGGAGGCUUUCUCAUACGGGCAGAAACCAUACAAGGGGAUGAAGGGAAAUGAUGUCAUUCAGAUGAUUGAGAGUGGAGAUAGGAUGCCCUCCCCACCCGAAUGCCCAAUGGAGAUGUACGACCUCAUGAAGAAAUGCUGGACGUACAAGGCAGCCGAGAGACCUGGAUUUUCUGUAGUUGAACCCAGACUGCGACAUUACUAUUAUGACAUAUCUCAGUGAUGUCCUUUGCCAAAGAACAUGCAAAAUUAUGCAUAUACAGUAUUUGAAAAUAGCUGUUUAGAAGAAUAGUGCACCCAAAACUGAAAAUUCUGCCAUCAUCAACUCAACCUCAUUUUGUUCCAAACCCAUAUGACUUUCUGUGUAUCACAAAAUAAAACGUUAGGCAGAAUGUUAACCUGAGACAUGAUUCACUUUCAUUGUAUUGAAUAACAAUAAAGGUGAAUGGUGACUAAAGCUGUCAGUUGCUAACAUUCUGCCUAACAUCUACUUUUGUGCUCUAAAGAAGAAAAUAAAUCAUAUGGGUGUACAACAACUUAAGGUUGUAAAUUCUGAUAGAAUUAAAAAAAAAAAAAAAAUUGGGUGAACUGUACCUUCAAUGUACUGAUAUUAGUAUAAGCAUAAUUUAUUAUAUUGACUUUUUUCAUGAUCGGUAGUAAUAAUUUGAGAAAAUGAAUGCACAUUUUUUCCACCCUAAUUUUUUUGUGUAAAUUCUAAUAAUUAGAUCAUGGACAUCAUUUCAUGUUUAAUCGAUUACAGCAAUAAUGUGUGUAUUUGUAAUAGCAAGCUUUUUUAUUAUUUUAUUUUUUAUUUCAACCUGAACUUUGGUAAUAGAAUGCAUGAUAUUCAAGGAGAAAAAAAGUGUUACUAAAUGGCAGAUUUUUCUUACUAUAGGCAAGUUAAGAAAGAAUAUUAAUAUUUGAAGCCAAGUCAAUAUUUUUUAUUAAUGUCACAGCAAUGCCAAUAACAGUAACAGAAGCAUAACCACAAGAGUCCAGCAUUAACUUUGUGCCACACCUGCUAAUUGCAAGUGAACUUAGAAAAUUUUGAAAAGUUUCCAUUCGAUUUCCAUAAAUAUUUCGAACCAGCUAUGAAAUUAUUAUUAUUAUUGUUGUUGUUAAUAUACAAAACUAGACGAAAAAAAAAAAGUCUUUAGGCAUCCUAAAUGGCAACUUCUGAUUGUAAAUGUUAAAAUUUUCCACUGAGUUUAAAGUUGUUAGAAGCGAGUGUAACAGAUGUUUUCUUCAUUUGAUGGUUUGUGUGUCUUUGAUUUGAAUUGCUUGCAUCACUAACAUCAGCGAGGGUCAGAUUAUCAUUCUUACAAUUCAAUUUAAAACAUGGAUUAUGCUGCAGUUUCUUAUAAAGUUAACAUCUAUAUGUAAAUAUGUUUUAUUUACUUGUCAAAACCAAUUGUAACUCACAUUUUUGGACCCAGAUGACCACAGUGACGUGCCAGAUAGGUCUACAUUAUUCCCAUUCUUAUGAUAUUUGUAGCCUACACAUUUCCUGGAUUUUUGUCAGAUCUAAGUGUCACUGCUAAUACUAAGACAUCCAAACAUCUUGUUUAGUGUUCAUAAAGGGUUAAAAAUAGGCUGUUUUAAGACCACAUUUAUUUUGUUUAUGGUCAUAGCAUUUACCUCACACCAUUAAGAUACAAUAGACGCAUACAUUGUGUAUGUCAUGUCUGAAACAAAGAUCCAGUCAAGCUCUUUAGCUAAAAUGUGGCACCAGUAAUCGUGUACUAUUGGUAUUUGCAUGUUUCUUUUGUUCAAUGGAAAUCCAUUGUCUUCAUUGUGAUAAAACAGAUUCAUUCAUCCGCUCCAGACUGCUCAAGCUGUAAUUAAACUGCAUGGCAUGAACAAUCAGAA